AUGUCCAAUUUCCAGUGUCCUUCAUGUGGUAAAACCAGUUUCAAAGAUCAGGUUGCUGUUGCUCGUCACAUGAGCCAGCCUCGCUCGGGAUGUAGCACCUGGCUACAGGAUUUAAUACAUCUGCAGGACCUGUCUGACGAUUCUAUGCAUACAGAUGACUUGGACGAGCCAAAUAUUCCCGGUGCUGGGCCUCAGGCUGAGGUUGAGUUCACAUUCAGAGAUAUAGAUGAGUUAUUUGAAGGUAGCGGUGAGAGUGGUGGACAGGCCUCUGGGGAGGGAUUACUUCCGAAUGGUGCCGAUUUCGUCGACUGUUAUCCCGAAUCUUCUCGGACAUAUGGCAAGGGGUACACCUUCCUUGACUUAUUCAAUUCUGAUGAGAAUAGUGUGUACCGUGCCAAGAAUCCCUAUUACCCAUUCAGUGGCCAGAAGGACUGGGAGAUUACAUCGUGGUUACUGCGCUUAGGAUUGAGCAUGGGGAAGAUAGACAGUUUUUUGUCACUUGAGAUGAUCAAGGGUCUUCCAUUAUCUUUUUCCUCGGCCAAGGAACUGCGAGGUAGAGCAGAAAUGUUGCCCAGUGGUCCACGCUGGAUGUCCCAAGUGCUCUCUACGAGUCAUCCCACCAAAUCACCUGUCGUUUUGUACUGGCAUGAUCCCUUGGACUGUAUUUCAGCUAUUCUGAAUCAUCCCUUUUUUCAUGAUCAGUUAGACUUCAUGCCUCACAGGGUCUAUACUACUGCACAACACUUGUGCUGUGUAUAUUCAGAAUGGAUGACAGGCGAUGACACAUGGAAUAUGCAGUCUGCCCUACCCAAAGGCACAACACUCCUUGGAACCAUUUUAUCAUCCAACAAAAUGAAUAUAUCCACGAUGACGGGUGACAGAGUUGCGCACCCGCUUCUCAUCAGCCUUGCAAAUAUCAACAUGUUCACACGACUCAAGACAUCAUCCAACACCUUUGUACUCACCACCUUACUCCCCAUACCCAAAUUUAUACAUAAGAAUAAACACAUGCGAGGUGUACUCGAGGAUCGCUUAAUUCAUGAAUGUCUAGAUAUUGUCCUGUGUCCGCUCAAGCAGGCUGCACAUGAGGGAGUCAUGUUAUCAGACCCUCUGGCUGUUGUUCAAACAAUGGUGGAUCCCAACAAUAUUGAAGCCUUCUUUCGUAAAGCGCAGAAAUUUUGCUUGAACAGCGUCUCUAAACCUUUCUGGCAGGACUGGACCCUUGGUGAACUGUCUCAUUUCUUCACUCCAGAAUUUCUGCAUCUCAUUCACCAAGAAUUUUACGAUCACGAUGUCAAGUGGAUUAUUUGUGCAGUUGGGGAUAUGGAAAUUGAUUUCCGGUUUUCUGUGUUGCAGCCCAUCACUGGCUUUCGUCAUUUUGACGGUGGUAUCUCCAAGCUAAAACAGUGUUCGAUUGUUGCAGUCAGUGCGGAUGCAGCACCUAGUGCUGUGAUCACUGCUGUCCGAGCAUUGAUGGAAUUUCGGUAUCUCAUCCAGUCACCGCAUAUUAAUGAAGACAACAUCAAGUGCAUUUCUGGAGCCCUCAAUGAGUUUCAUGCCAAUAAAUAUGCAAUUACAGCUGGAGGAUUUUGUCGAGGCAACAAGAACACAGUUAUCGAUAAUUGGUACAUUGCCAAAUUGGAGCUCAUGCAGAGUAUAGUCCCCAGCAUCCGCAACACUGGUAUUUGUCAACAUCUCAACUGGGUUGAUAAGUGCCGUCGCUUUGACCUUGCAAUGAGUCUUGUGGAUGGUCUGGCAAGCUCGGGGCUACAGGAUGACGAUAUUGGUGAUGAUGUUGACUUUGAUGCGGAUGAUGAUGAUGACCUCCCCACGGAAUUUAUGGCCACUAUAAAAUGUCCUGGACAUUUGCGCCCAAUCACCAAUUACUUCGCGAUUGCGAAGAUCCUCCAGCAUAAGGAGGUUGGGACUGUCCCUCUACCAUUGCGCACAUUCAUUAUCGGACACAUGGCCUUUCAUCUCACAUAUUCCCCAUCCAUCAGAUCCAUCUCCAUCAACAAUGCUGCUAUCAAAUUCGGCCUUCCUGACUUAUGGCCGGCCAUUGCUGAUUUUCUUUGUCGCAAAGCUACCCACGGACAGAAUCAUGUCCACACAAUUGGGGGAGCCAGGAGGGCUGGACCUACUGCUUCCCUGCCAUUUGAUAAAAUUCAAAUCUGGUUCAAACUUCGACUACAGGACACAGAGUUUCAUGACAGUAGCAUCAUAUGGCCCACGCAGACCCUGAAUUGUGUGCCGCCUUCUGAUGUCUGGAACUCUGGUAGGUACGACUCAGUUAUUGUGAACAAUGAGUUAGGGUGCCUUUGGCCUGCUCAUGGUCUUCGUGGUCACACAAUUGGUCAAAUUAGGCUUAUCAUGCGUCCAGUUGGAAGAAUUAACACAGAUUGGUCAUGGAAGGACCGUUUACUUGUCUAUGUGUACCGCUUUGAUGGUACGACAAGUGCCCGUGAUCCUGCCAUGCAGUUGCACUCAAUCAGAAGGGCAAAAUGUUCCAAUGGUAUGUUAGUGGGUGAUAUUGUACCACUGACACAGAUCAAGGCUCCUGUUAAUCUCAUUCCUUGCUUUGGAGCCAGUGCAGACAGCCGGUUUACCUCACAGAACAGCAUGGAGCACACAUCAGAGUUUUGGGUAAAUAAAUUUUGGGACAAGAACACAUUCUUUCCGCUCUCUAUGUAA